ACCAAAACGGCUUCAAAAUCAGCCAACAGUCCCUCCAAGACAUCAACAGCAAGGAAUCAGACAUCAUGGCUACCCAACUCGGUCUCCGCCUCCCACUCGUCAAGCCCGUCGUAGCCCUCGCAGGCUGGACAUUCUUCAUGGAAGCCUGGAUGUACGCAACCCGCAUCCCAGCGAUAACAAAAUACAACGUCAACGUCGACGAUCCCACGCAAUGCAGCCAGGACAUGCAAACCAAAAUCCCGCAAUCGAUCAAGAACAUCGCCGACAAUUUCAACCAUUUGCACGAACAGCCACAAGUCUUUUACGCGGUUGCGCUUUCUUUGACUCUGCUGGGAGACAAUCACCCGUAUACUGAGUAUGCGGCUUGGGGAUAUGUCGGGGUCAGGAUUGUGCAUAGUUUGUUUCAGAGCUUGGUUAAUAGGAUUAUGACUCGUUUUCAGCUGUUUGCUACGAGUUCGCUGGUUCUUGCGGGUUUGACUGGGAGGGCUGCUCAGCUUGCUUUUUAGAUGGGCUUGGGAUGAGGGUGAGGAAUGUGAGGUCAGAAUGUCAGGGUUGAUCACAGUGUAUGUAUGGAGAUAGACAGGCUCAAUGAUUCUCUCCUCCGAG